UUAGACACCAUUUACGGCAGGAGUUUCACCAACGUUUAGUCCAAAAUAGUUAGUCUCACAUGUUGAAUUCUUUGACAGUUUUAGGUUGAUUAAACGCCGAACAAGUUGUAAUUACUGUACUACAUAUUGAAGUAUUGGGAUUUGCAUGUGUCUGACGACGUACUGAGAAGACUUCUAAAGGCAAAUUGGACGUUCAUCGUUUCACUCAACAGUAUUACAUCUGCAUGCAAUGAGAAGUAGGAACUAAUUUGCCCACCCAAAAUCAUGAAUCCAAUACUUAGACAGAGAAUCCCUCCAUCUGUGCGGAAGUUGCUGACUGACAUUGGACCAAGGGAAGAGCACCACUGCAGUGAAUGGACUGACACAGAGCCAGAGACUGUCACUAGAGAUGGAAUUGAGCUUCCUGCCAGAGGAACCACCAAUAACAGUGAAUUUCUGACACCAGCUACUGGGAAAGAGGAUGGAGAUGCGGACCAUACAGAUGCCACAACACAAAGCAAAGUGUGCGGGCUGUGCUUAUGCCAACCCUCUUACUAUACCUGUCCACGAUGCAAUGUACCUUACUGUGGCCUGGAAUGCUACCGGAGUACAAAUCAUUCCGUGUGCUCAGAGGAAUUUUAUAAGGAGUCUGUGUUACAGGAGCUGAAAGACAUGGGAGAAACAGAGAGUGGGGGGAGGAAGAAGAUGCAGGAUAUUCUGCUAAGGCUGAGACAUAUGGCAGAUGGGGCAGAGGGAGGGAUGGAGAGUGUUUUAAAGACCGACGAGGAGGAGAUGGGAGGUAGUGAGGAGACAAAGGAAAGAGCUCAGGUUUUAGAGCUCCUCUCCAGGUUAGCAGAGAUUCAGUCAUCUGGGGAAGGGAGUGUGGAGGAGAUUGAGGACAUUUUAAACAAACUCAAAGAGUUAGGAGACGAUGAAGAAGCAGGGCAGGUGGUUUCUGCAAAUGUUGGAGACAUCGAUGAGGGGGUAGAAAACGCUGAGGAGCUGGACUUGGCUGACAGGCUCUCGGGGCUGGAUAUCGAUGCUCUCUCUGAGGAGGCAUUGUGGGACCUGUUGAGCAGCCAGGAGAAGGAGAAGUUUAUGAGUCUGGUGAAGGGUGGGGCUGUAGGAGCUCUGGUCCCCCUGUGGAGACCCUGGUGGGAGCAGCACGAGGAGGGGGGAAAAGCCCUGAUGGAGCUACUGGAGGAGGAGAUGGGCAAACCAGAGGGAGAUGAUGCAGCAGGACAGGGAGGCAGCAGGACCAGAGAAGCAAUGAAGACAGAUAAAGGAGGACAGAAGGGGAGUCUGCGAAAUAAAGAAGGGUCAGGUUUAUCCAGUUGUGAAAAAAGAGAGGCAGAAAGUCAAAUUGUGGUUAUUGCAGAUAAUGAAGUCAAGGAUUCUGGGAAAAUUAUUGAGAGUGUGGGGAAAUCAGUGAAGGAGCAGGGACAAAGAAAGGGUAAGGGAAAACACAGAAAAGAGGCGCGUAAGGCCAAGGGACCAAAAUCAACCCCCGGUGUGCCUCCAAUCAAUGUCAAAAUCCCACCUCUGAGCUCCUUGUCUUCCCAACCAUCCCCUCUUGUUCGCAAUGGCUUGGUCAAUGCGCUGUUUGGCUACACCUUUGCCCUACGCCUGUUCAAUGGUGACAUCGAGUCAGACCUGACUCAGGAGUUUUGCCAGAUGGUUCUCACUGUGUCCGAGGCCCUAGGCUCAGGCAGGGUGUUCAGCUCCUUUCAGGAGGCCCUUGAGGGAGGGGAGGCAGCCAUUUUGGCCGGGGGCUACUUUGACCGAGAGGACCCCAGUGCACCGGCCAGGGCUGUGGAGGCUGUAGCUCAUAUUCUGACUGGGAGAAGUAAGCAGGAUGUCAUUGGAUACUCCUUGGCAGCUUUGAGCCAACUCCGUACGGUGCUAUCCCAAGCUAGGGCAGCUCUGCACAAAGAGGGAGAUGAAGGGGAUGUGAGAAACAAGUAUUUCCUGGCGGGGAAGAAAUGUGAAUUCUUUCAAGCUUGGGUGUCUGAUAAUGCCCAGGAGGUGAGAAGACUGGCCGCUGGGUUAUGGGGCGAGCAUGUGAAGAGGGAGGAUGAGAGGAGUGCUUUGCAGAAGGAGAAGAAAAGAGUUGAAGAAAGCUGGAAGAAGGGAAGAGGAAAAGCGAAGGGUGUGUUGAUUGAAGAAAUAGAUUGAGAACAUUUUGGUAUUCUAUGACAGUUAAUAAAGAGACUGAUAUUUACUUGUUUUCAAUUCAAAUUCAGGGCAAGACUGAUAUUUGUUUGUAUACCAUUUUGUAAAAAUGAAUUCUGACUGCAAUUACCAUUGACAUGUUUAUUGUUUUUUAAUUAAAAUUCAAUUAUGCAAUAAAGGUCAUGUAAACUAA